AUGGAGGAUCCAUUUGAGAAAAUAUCCUUAUUCUCUUAUGAUUCCAACCUCAUCUAUAGCUUUAAAUGGAAGGUUCUUUUGCUUGGAUCUGUCUUGAAAUCAGCAACAACAAAUUAUAAACAAAAAAUUUUUGCAACUUUUACAUUGGUGCUCAAUAUCUUGUCCUACUCAAUUCCACCAAUGUAUUUUAUAUCAGCAUUUUCAUCCAGAUCUGCAAAACAUCAUAUCAAUCCUUAUGAUAUUUUCGAAAAAGAUACAAUUCUCAGUUUUAUGACAGACUCUCUAUUCACAAACACAUCAAUGCUAGUUUUUUGCUUCAUUUUCUAUUUGGUAAAUGAUUUUGUGAUCAUACGGGCUUUUAACAAGCCAGAAAUAGCCAAAAGCCUUAAUUACAUCAUGACACCGAAUUUUCAUUCAGUAUUUUUACCAAUAUCAAGCGCAAUUAUAAUGCAUUGCAUCCAAAUUAUCUUAAAUCCACCAGAAAAUUCACUUCCGCACAUAUUUAUCUGCAUUUCAACAUUUUUAGCGUUCGUGCCAUACUUUAUAAUUAACAUUCUCUUGGUUGCAAUUUUUGGAUCUUCAAUUAUUUUGCCAAACCCACAAUAUACUCAAUGGUUUGAUAGCGGAUCAAUUAACAUUGUUCUUUACUAUUUCUUUACAGUCGUAUCUUUCUUCUCUCUUUCAAAAUUACAACAUUCAUUCCAAUGUAUUGUUUUGGGCUUCAUAGUUCUUAUUAGUCUUUACUUUAUUUACUUCCAGCUUAAAUCAUUACCAGCAAUUUCGCGGCUCGGUAACGAAUUCGCUGUCAUGAAACUGUUAUUAAACUUAGCUUUUGCUUUAGUUUGCUUAGCAAUGAUCAAUGGAUAUCUCCCUCACAUAUCAACACUUAUCGGCUUACUUCCGAUCGCUUUGGUCUUAAUUUUCAUGACAGCUUACUUUUUGUGUUAUCUUCGCACGAAAUUCUACAUGGGAAUCAUCGAAUCGCUCGAGUCUGUCCACUCACCAACAUUCGAGUACUUUGAGUCCAUUUUGAAGCACAUAAAAACAGAAUUUGACUUCAGAAUUUUAAUUAAGCUUGGAAUUGGAUUUAACUCAGCUCUAUUCACAAAGCAAGAAUUCCUGGGUUACGUUAUGUCCAGAUUCCCCAAUUCUGAGUGGAUGCUUCGUUAUGCAAUUUAUUUUUAUUCAAAUGUCUGGGGAGUUGACAAUACAACGUACAAAUAUUUCUUACACCUUCUAUCAGUAGAAAAAUUAGAGUUCACAACUCAAUUAAUGCUCUUUGAAGCCGUAUAUUGCUAUAUGCAAACUUCAGAAGAGUCUUCACCUCUAAUCAAAAACGAUAUGAAGACAUUCAUUGAAAUCAUCUCACAAUUCGGUCUCGCAACUAAAAUCCUAUGGUCACACGCUCCGAAAUCCGCAGAUACACUUUACAACGAUCUAAAAAGUGUCAACGAAGUUUUACAAUUGGCCUCAAAGCAUAUAAAGAAAAUGUCAACGUUAUAUCAAUUUAAUCACAAUGUAUACUUUGCUAAAUCAAUUUAUUAUGCAGAUUUGAAGAAAAACUUCAGAAAAGCAAAUGAUGCUUAUUGUGAAGGUCUCCAACUCUUCAAUGAGAAGCAGAAGUAUGUAACAAGUACAUUGAACAGUAACCAGCGUCCUUAUUUCUCUGCUCCUGUGAAUAAUGAUUUAAUUAUGAAACCACAGCCAAGUACAAAUGUUUUGACCUUCUUAAGUGUAAGAGACCACUCAGGAGAUCUCGUUAAGAGAAAACCAAAUAUAGAUUUCAAGUCUCCUUACAUGAAUUUAUAUGCUAAUAUUUGUACCGCUGAAAGGAACCAGUUAUUACCGAACACCCCCUUAAUUACAAACUGGUACCAAAUUUUCAGAAUUUUCCAUGUCAUAAUUAUUUUAUUGUUUAUCGGAUGCCUCAUAUUUGAUCAUGCAAUGUUCAAAGAAGCCUGGGUUAUGGCAGAUGAGUACAGAUUAGCUUAUGAUUCUUCAUAUAACUUCCGCAUCUUCAUUGAUACAACUGAGAAGCUCACUUACAACUAUUUCGUUCUCCAACAAGCCAAGAAAGACAAAAAUUAUCGAAUUUGUCCGUUCAUUAUCGAACAUUUUCGAUUAUUACAGAAAAACUUCACUCGUAUCAUAUAUACUGUUGAUAAACUGAAAGAUUUUGUCAAUACCAGUGAUAUUGUUAUUAACAAUUACACAUUUAUGGACUGUUUCCAAGAAUUCCGUCAAUUAGUCCAUAUUACGUUCACAAACUACAACAAUUCGUACCAGUAUACAACAGAGCAACUCAUCAACCUCCGAACUACCCUCAUUAACCUAAGUAUUAUCAUAUUUAAUCGUAUCCACGAUCGAAUUGCCUACGGAACAUCGAAUGUUUUCAUCAAACACAUCUAUUCGCAGAAGAUCCACUUCCUUGUUGUCUGCCUGACCUUCUUUGUCAUGUAUCUCUGCAUGAGAUGGAUAUUUUACAAACUGAAAAAUGACAUGUUUUUAGUUUUCAGUACUUUACAAUAUCCAGUUCGUAAAAUGCUAGAGAAGCAAUACGACACCAUUCUUUCCUCGAAAGACCCUGCAUUAGCACCUCCCAAACCACAAUCCGUGUUUAAACUUGUCAGUUCUAUGUUAAUUGCAUUAGCAAUGGUUUUACUUCCAAUUGCAUUGUCAAUUCAGAGAUUAACAAUUGCAAAGGACACAAUUACAUCACAGAAUCUUCCUGACGACCCAUUGAACAUCACAAUACCUUUCAUGGCAUAUUACGAACACAUGCUAUUGGAAUCAAGGCUUUGCAACAACAUGAUGGACAAAUGUCCACAUGUUUACGAUGUCAGAUGCGCACAUCAUUUCUUUGAGAGAGCAAAAGUUCAUCCAUUGAUUCCUAUUGUUUCUGAAUGUUCUGAUGAUUCAUGGUCGAGAAUAAUGAUGUUGAUUAUGUCAUAUAUUGCUUCAUUUGCUUUUUAUAUAUUCAUGAAAAGACUGAAAUUGUUGAUGAGAACUUUUUGGGAAAGUUCACAUUUGUUGUUUGCUAUUCCUGUUCAUAUUGGAAGAUCUAAUUAUAUCUUCACCAAACUAAUAACAGGAGAUAGAAUAGAUUCAAAUGAUGUUAAAGAAUACGUCAAAGAAUUAUGGAAUGAUACUGCUUCUUAUGAUUUAUUUGGAGUAUUGAGAUUUAAUCAGAAUGGAGAAGUUACAGAAACAAUUGGUUGCGCUGUGAAGAUAUUAGGUGUAAAACCAAAGUCAAUUGACAAUCUAAAAGAGAUAUUGGUCAAUUGCGGUGUGAGUUCUACAGCUUUGGAACAUUUCUUCGCAGAUAGAACUCCAACAAAUGUAAUUUACGGAAGAGGAACUUCACCUUUCAUGGCUUAUUUCUCUACACCAACAGAGUUCUUCAUGAAAGAUGAGUCAGGAGAUAUCAUCUCGUCAAGAACAGAUAUCAUUAAUUUGUUGAGAGAAAACUCUAAAAUAGAAAGACCUCCUUUGGUAGAAAACGCUGUUUUGAUGUUCUUUAAAGGCGUUUCUAAAAAUGAUUACGAUUUAAUUAACAAUGAAUCGAAAUCUAUCAAUGACUUGAUUUUGGCUGACGGAAGAUUUAGUUCUUUGAUUUAUACAAUGUCAUUGAAUGAUAAAGAGAAAGCUCUCCAGAUUUACCAGUUUGUAACGAAAAUGAGAGAGAAAUGUCCGACAGGAAGAUUCGCUGUUUGUUUGGGAGAUAAAAUACACAUUUUGCAGCCAAAUAGACAGACAAUAGAGAAAAGUAGAGUACUGGGAAGACCUUUCCAUGAUGCUGAGUACUUGGUAAACUGUAUAGAACUUGAAGAUGGAAAAGCUUAUCUUCAGAAAGAGUUUAUUGAGAAAUGCGAACUUGAUUUCGGUCAAAUGAAGACAAAAGAGGUCAAAGUUAGAGAUAACACUAUCCAGGUAGCUAUUAUUUAA